AUGGACAACCACAGCAAUAACAAUUCCCACUCCGUUCCAGUGAUCCGUUUGGAUGACGAAGACAACCUGGAUGCAACUGCCAAGCUGCUGCGAGCAACGUGCAUCGAAACGGGGUUUUUCUAUCUGGAAGGUCAUGGUGUAUCCCAAGAUCUCCUCGACAAAGUGAUGGAUCAAUCCAAACGGUUGUUUGGUCUGUCGAAUGAAUCCAAAGACGCUCUGAAGGAUCCUGUCAUGAGCCGUGGGUACACAUCAAUGGAACAAGAAACAUUGGAUCCAAAGAACCAGAAAAAGGGCGACACCAAGGAAGGGUUCUACAUUGCCACAGAAAUCCCUAAGGACGACCCUCGCUUCAAUCCUACCAAAUUGGCGGGGCCUAAUUGCUGGCCCACCCCUGAAAACACCCAGGGAGAAUUCACCCAAGAGGAUUGUCAGGAAUUCCGGACCGUCAUGGAUGACUACUUAGAUCAAGUAAGCCGUUUGGGAUUUCGAGUGACACAGCUUUUGGCACUUGCGUUGGAAUUGGAUCAGAGCUAUUUUGAUCCGCAUUUCCAGGAGCCCAUGCCGUUUAUACGAUUGUUGCACUAUGCCAAUGAGACCAGUAAACCUGAGGAGGGCAUCUUUGCCUGUGGGGCGCACAGCGACUAUGGCAUGAUCACGCUGCUUUUAACUGAUCACAACCCUGGGUUACAAAUUUAUCACAAUAACCAGUGGAUUGAUGUGCCGCCCAGACCCAGUGCUUUCGUAGUUAAUCUAGGGGACAUGCUGGAACGGUGGUCCAAUGGACUCUUCAAGUCAACCCUGCAUCGUGUGAUUACCUCGGGUAGCCAAGCUGGCGAGAGAUAUUCCAUACCGUUCUUCUAUGAGCCAAACUUUGACACGCUGGUUACUUGUCUUCCAACUUGCUGUUCGGAAGACAACCCAGCACGAUACCCACCAAUUACGUCGGGGCAACACCUGUUGGACAAAUACAAGGGAACUCACGCAGAGUUCCGACCGGGGGAUACACUGUAG